ACCGAAGCUACACCCUGUGGCCACGAGGGAUGAAAGAGAGAAGAAGAGGGGAUGGGAAGGGAUGUUAGGAGGAUGAGAGUGGGGAUCAGAACAGCAACCAAUGGAGGAGCAGAGUCCCGCUCCCGCCCAUUUCCAGAGACACCAAUCUCAGACCUGUGUUUGCCUCGCCAAACUCCGCCCAGAUACUCACCACCUCACUGGAGGCCUUUUCUCUCCACUGCGACCGCACACCCAGAGAAAACGCCAUAUACUGUUUGGCCUUGGCCAGGAUUACUUCCACGUGCAACUGUCAGACGACAAGCAGGUGAGGUACUUCCUGGAGCUGAGCUAUGCUGGUGCCAUCCUUCGGGACAGCUGGGUCCUGACAGACGUUGGCAUCACCCCUAGCAGUGCCAUCUGCUGCCUGCUGAAGCGGGAGCCGGUGGUGCGUGUGUUCAGUGCCGUGACGGGGGAGACCCUCUCAGUCUUGGGCACUGUGUUUCUCCUGAGUACGUCUGUGGCCAGGCUCAUGACCCUGGUGUCCCAGCAGUGUGGGCUUCCCGUCAGCUCCUUCAGACUGAGCUCUCCCACCAGCCUGCAACUCUACGACUGCAACCGGCUGCACGACUACGCCAUUGACCUGGGGGCUACUCUACGGUUGGACACCUGGGAUGGGUGGGCGGAGUUCCUCAGAGGCUGCUUCCUGGGACACAGACUGACCGUCCAACGACACCUGUCUAGGGAGAGACCUGUGAUGAGGUUCCAGCUCCGGGUGGCACUCUACAUCGCUGCUUCUCUGGGCCACCUGGACCUGGCCGGCUGGCUGCUGGAGAGGGGGGUGCGUGUCAUUGAGCCGGUGGGGGUUCACCCUUACCGUGAGUGGUGCCACCAGACGGCCCACCCCGACGUCGCCAAGUGUCCCGCUGUCGCCUCCAUCGAGCGCGGCCAGCUCACCAUCCUCAAACUCUGUAUCGCCAGCAGCGUUCUGACCCUUGCCUGUCAGGAUCCCCAGGGUCAUGACCCCCUGAGGAUCGCCCUUCAGUACGGCCACAGGGAGUGUGUGAGUCACCUGGCCACCAAGCUGUGCUCUGUGGUGGUCCUCCCAGGUAUGGCCCUGCCCAUGCGGACAUACCUCCAGAUAAAGGGCUGGGUGAGGCUGGGGCAGAGGAGGGCAGCAUCCAGGCACUGCAUGGGCCUCAACAGGGCUCCGUUCAGGACCAGGGUGGGCGACACGGUCCUGGUGGACGGCUUCACCCUCCCCAAGAUGUCCUCCAAGCCCAGGAGGAGUGAGGCCAAGGCGGGUAUCAGGGUGAUGUCCACAGCCUCUCGACGUUUGACCCCCAUCAACUGCCCAUCUCAUGUAUCCUGCCCGCUCCGCGCCCUGGCAUCCCAGGAUAAACCUCUUCAACUACCGAAGCAACACCCUGUGGCCACGAGGGAUGAAAGAGAGAAGAGGGGAUGUGAGGAGGAUGAGAGUGGGGAUCAGAACAGCAACCAAUGGAGGAGCAGAGUCCCGCUCCCGCCCAUUUCCAGAGACACCAAUCUCAGACCUGUGUUUGCCUCGCCAAACUCCACCCAGAUCCUCACCACCUCACUGGAGGCCUUUUCUCUCCACUGCGACCGCACACCCAGAGAAAACGCCAUAUACUGUUUGGCCUUGGCCAGUGCCUUCACACAGAGACCAUGGUUGCAGCAGCUGAAUGUAGCGCGGACUCUGUCCAGGAGGAGUGCUCAGCACAUUGGGUAGACACCAGGAUCCUGGUCAUUAGGCAGAUUAAACAUACUGAAACAAGGAGGGACAACUUGGAAUUGUCCAAAAAGGAACUCUUAUUUGAGUUUUUAUUUUUUACAGUGAACAAGAUGAGACUUUGGAACGGAUGAUGCCUGAAACAAUGCGGACAACUUAGAAUUUCGUUCCUUUGGAUGAGGCUUAUAGAUAUAGUCAGUACUGUGUUUGAUUUGUGUGCAGAAAGUUUACAACGGCAGGCAGUGGAUUCUCAGUCAUUCCUCUCAAGGAACAAAAAACGUAUCAUAUUUCACUGGCUAUUUGUAGUAGCCAAAUGUGAAUGGAAUUAUUAUUAUUCUACAAUCAUUCAGUUGACUGAAUGUGACUGUGGUUGUGCUGUAUGUGACUAUGUGGUUGUACUGAAUGUGACUAUGUGGUUGUACUGAAUGUGGUUGUACUGUAUGUGAUUGUACUGAAUGUGACUAUGUGAUUGUACUGAAUGUGACUAUGUGAUUGUACUGAAUGUGACUAUGUGGUUGUGCUGUAUGUGAUUGUACUGAAUGUGACUAUGUGAUUGUACUGAAUGUGACUAUGUGGUUGUGCUGUAUGUGACUAUGUGGUUGUGCUGUAUGUGAUUGUACUGAAUGUGACUAUGUGAUUGUACUGAAUGUGACUAUGUGGUUGUGCUGUAUGUGAUUGUACUGAAUGUGACUAUGUGAUUGUACUGAAUGUGACUAUGUGAUUGUACUGAAUGUGACUAUGUGGUUGUGCUGUAUGUGAUUGUACUGAAUGUGACUAUGUGAUUGUACUGAAUGUGACUAUGUGGUUGUGCUGUAUGUGAUUGUACUGUACGUAAUUGUAAGUGUUUGACAUGGGUCUAAUUGAGGCUCCAACCCCCUGCCUUAAAACUCUUUUAUUAAGAUGUGGAUCAUUAUUGCUCAUAUGAGUCUGUGCAGUGUCAAAAUAAUACAUUCUUAUUUACAAUGAUGGCCAAACCCGGACGACGCUGGGCCAAUUAUGCAGCACCCUAUGGGACUCCCAAUCACUUGGGAGUGGGAAGGAUACCAAAUCCAAUAUCACACACUUCUUCCUUAGUAUUCUGAGAACUGUCAGAUAGCUGUGAGAGCUAUGAGUGGAUCGUGGACCCAUGCAUAAAUGAUAACUUUACUGUAACUCAGUGGGGCAAGUAGAACAUCCGGGUUAGUGUAUGUGCAUUAUCUGGAGAGUUGAUUGUCUUUGUCUCAAAGCCUUUCCAUUUCUGGGGUAUUGAAGAAGCUUCUGAUCUCAACCUUCUUGACAGGUAAGAAACACUUGGUUAGUGUAUGUGUCUUAUCCAAUGGGUUGUCAGGUGAACGUUGAAGAUGCUUCUUGGAGGUGAUCUAAUGAUGUCAUUGAGUUGCUCACUGGACAAGACAAU